CAGCAAUGGCGGGCUAACGAACACUCGCCACGUGAUUCAUCUUUUUCUAUCUCUCCUCCCUACAUGGCAGGGGGUAGCUCGAGCUCGAGCUCCCAUGACUAUCUGUGUCCUCUUCCUAUAUAAAGCCCUCCUCAAUCCCUCCAAAUAUCCAGAGCAAAUUUCUUCUGCCCCCAACCAACCGCGCAUUUCCUCCCUCCUUGGCCAGAGGAGAGUUGAUCCCGAUUCCCGUAUUCAGAUCUUGCUGAUCCGAAAUCAUGGCCUCCGGACAACUCUUCUCGCGCACCACUCAGGCCCUGUUCUACAACUACAAGCAGCUUCCGAUUCAGCGGAUGCUUGACUUUGACUUCCUUUGCGGUAGAGAAACCCCAUCUGUUGCCGGCAUAAUCAAUCCCGGAGCUGAGGGAUUCCAGAAACUCUUCUUCGGUCAAGAGGAAAUUGCUAUCCCAGUACAUUCCACCAUUGAGGCAGCGUGCAAUGCCCAUCCAACUGCUGAUGUUUUCAUCAACUUUGCAUCAUUUAGAAGUUCUGCUGCCUCAUCCAUGGCUGCACUCAAGCAACCAACCAUUCGAGUCGUUGCUAUAAUUGCUGAGGGCGUUCCAGAGUCGGACGCCAAACAGCUGAUUUCUUAUGCUCGUGCGAACAAUAAAGUUGUCAUCGGCCCAGCUACUGUUGGAGGAAUUCAAGCUGGCGCCUUCAAGAUUGGAGACACUGCUGGAACAAUCGACAACAUCAUUCAGUGCAAGCUAUACAGACCUGGAUCUGUUGGUUUUGUCUCUAAGUCGGGGGGCAUGUCUAAUGAAUUGUACAACACAAUUGCCCGCGUUACUGAUGGAAUCUAUGAAGGUAUUGCUAUUGGAGGAGAUGUGUUCCCUGGUUCCACUCUCUCUGACCACAUUUUGAGGUUCAACAACAUCCCACAGGUUAAGAUGAUGGUUGUUCUUGGGGAACUAGGUGGACGAGAUGAGUACUCCCUAGUCGAAGCCCUAAAGCAGGGGAAAGUGAACAAACCAGUAGUGGCUUGGGUUAGCGGAACUUGUGCUCGCCUCUUCAAAUCAGAAGUACAAUUUGGUCAUGCUGGGGCAAAGAGUGGUGGAGAGCUGGAGUCGGCCCAAGCAAAGAAUCAAGCACUAAGGGAUGCCGGAGCCACUGUCCCAACUUCAUAUGAAGCCUUCGAAGCUGCAAUUAAGGAGACAUUCGACAAGCUGGUUGAAGAAGGGAAGAUCCCCCCAGUGAAGGAAGUUACACCCCCACAGAUCCCUGAGGACCUUAGCACUGCAAUUAAGAGUGGGAAAGUUCGGGCUCCAACUCACAUUAUCUCAACAAUCUCUGACGAUAGAGGUGAAGAGCCUCGCUAUGCCGGUGUUCCAAUGUCUUCUAUCAUUGAACAGGGCUAUGGCGUGGGUGAUGUUAUCUCUCUCUUGUGGUUCAAACGCAGUCUUCCCAGAUACUGCACUCAGUUUAUUGAGAUAUGCAUCAUGUUGUGUGCUGACCACGGUCCAUGUGUCUCUGGGGCCCACAACACCAUUGUCACCGCAAGAGCUGGAAAAGAUCUUGUGUCGAGCCUUGUGUCGGGUCUGUUAACAAUUGGUCCCCGUUUUGGUGGAGCCAUUGAUGAUGCUGCCCGAUACUUCAAGGAUGCUUGUGACAGGAGUCUUACACCAUAUGAAUUCGUCGAAAGCAUGAAAAAGAAGGGCAUUCGCGUACCUGGGAUUGGGCACAGGAUCAAGAGCAGAGACAACAGAGAUAAGAGAGUCGAGCUCCUGCAGAAGUUUGCUCAUACUCACUUCCCUUCAGUGAAAUACAUGGAAUAUGCAGUCCAAGUCGAGAAUUACACCCUCUCAAAGGCGAACAACUUGGUCCUCAACGUGGACGGAGCUAUCGGGUCCCUCUUCUUGGAUCUCCUUGCUGGUAGCGGAAUGUUCACGAAGCAAGAGAUCGAUGAGAUUGUUGAGAUUGGCUACCUCAAUGGGCUCUUUGUGCUGGCCCGCUCCAUUGGUUUGAUUGGGCAUACCUUCGAUCAGAAGAGAUUGAAGCAGCCUCUGUACCGCCACCCGUGGGAGGACGUCCUCUACACCAAGUGAUGUGAUUUACACAAAGGCGACGAUCGUUCUACAUCCGGCAAGCAAAUCCUUUUUCCCGUCCUCGGAGUCCUUGCACCUGAAAUUCACUGCUAUUUUAUUUGGUUUGUAGGAUAGUCUCUUAGGCUGCCAAUGGGCAGAUUGUGGGAGUACCUUGAUUUGUAUGCUGCUGUUAAAAGGGUCUAUUGAGGAACAAUUUCUCAAAAUCAUUGAUUUAAAAAGUCGUAAUUUCUACAUUUUAUGUUUUUUUUUAAUUAAAUGAAAUAAGCAAACAUGUAUGUAGAAAGGGACUGGAGUUGCAUCCUUUUGUAAGAAUCUUAUCCAGUUGUACUGUAAUUCCAUAAUUAAGAAUAUUCUCAAUUUGGGUUUGCGUUCAAAAA